GACAACGCGCUAUCAUCAGCGUGCACUCGUAAAUCGCGCUCGAUCAUCUUCUGUCGCGGCGAGCCUCGAGCACGACCUGGCUAGCAGCCAUCAGCAUUGUGUCAACGAUCUUUGCCCGACCGUCUGCUCCCGCUUUCAGCUCGGCUUCUCCCCGCGCCUCCAAGGGUUUCUCAACAGCACCGGGCAAGUCGCCCCGUAGCAGCGCCGUCCCACAAGUGACGACCUCAACCGACCAGCCUUCAUUUCGCCGACGCGUUUUCUGGACCGAUCUGUUAAACGUGGACCGCCAAGCAUGCAGGCUCAGUCUCAGGCCGUCAAGAUCUAUAAUGCCGUUUAUUCCUCGGUGCAGGUCUAUGAAUGCAUGGUUCGGGGUAUCGCAGUCAUGCGAAGACGCUCAGAUUCCUACGUGAACGCAACCCAAAUCUUGAAGGUAGCUGGAGUGGACAAAGGCCGCCGUACGAAGAUUUUAGAGAAGGAGAUCCUGCCUGGGAAACAUGAAAUUGUCCAAGGAGGCUACGGUAAAUAUCAAGGAACAUGGAUUCCUCUCGAACGCGGUCGCGAGGUUGCUACACAAUACGGCGUUGCGCCGCUGCUCGCACCUCUUUUCGACUUCGUACCCCACACCAACACGAUGGGAAAUCUUUCGUCGACCUUAGCCGGUGCUCAUUCACGGCCGCUGUCUGCGGCCUCGUCGUUCAGCAGCUCCGGUGUACUCCCGUCCCAUUUGGCACCUCCCCCAAUCUUACCCGGAUCGGCCCUCAGACUCCUGAACCAAGGUCGAGCCCAAGGACUCUUCACGCCAUCCACGUCCACAAUCAUGGCCGCCCGCGGAAGCUACCCUUCGCCUGGCCCUUAUGCCGGGUACUCCAAUUCACCUGCACCAACUUUACCCGGAGUAUCUCCAACGCCAUCGCUCAAAAGGGUGCACUCGGAAACUAGCGCUUCAUUCGCGCUCUCGCCUGAAACGUUUGGUCCAGAUAAAUCACGACCAUCGUCUGUGGUGGAUGGAGAAGAUGGACAGCGUCCGGUAAAAAGGGCGCGCACGGAACCCAACCUCAUGGUGAGCGCAUCUGGGUCGAGAGCUCCGACACCACAGGUAAACGGGACUUCCCGGCCUGCCAGUUCGAUGUCCACAACAAUUAAUGGUGGAACGGGAUCAACUACCGAGAACCCUGUCGAGAACUACGUCGCCGCCGUCCGUUUUGCGUCCAAGCCAUCAAUAAUGCGGCACAUGGACCCGAGCCUUCCUCUGAAGGACAAUCGGCGUGCGGCAGUUAUCGCCGCCAUAUGCCAGAGCGACGAUCCUUCGCACGUGAUGGACUUGUUGAAGAGCAUUCCUCCUGAUAACCCGGCCUCAACAACGACGGACAUAGAUUUGGUACUCGACGAUCAAGGCCAUACUUCUCUCCACUUGGCUGCUAGUAUGGCGCGUCAGAAAAUUGUGGAGACGCUGAUCGCGAGCGGAGCGGACGUCCACCGCGGCAACUAUAACGGAGAGACGCCCCUUAUCCGCGCUUGCCUCGCCACGCACAACGCCGAUCAACAGUCUUUCCACACCCUCGUUGCCGCUUUGCACGAGUCCAUACGGACCAUCGACACGUCGCGCAAGACCGUGAUCCAUCACAUUGUCUCGUUGGCUGGGGUAAAAGGAAGGGCCAUUACCGCCCGUUACUACCUCGAUCAGGUCUUGUACUGGAUUGCACAACACCAAGGAGGCGACUUCCGGAGCGUCGUGGAUCUACAAGAUGAGCAUGGUGACACUGCGUUGAAUAUAGCGGCCCGAGUAGGGAACCGCGCCCUCGUCCGCGCAUUGAUGGAUGUCGGAGCAAACCGAACGAUGGCGAACAAGCUUGGGUUGCGACCCGGGGACUACGGUGUAGAAGUUGAGGAGCUUGCUAGCGGGUUCCGCGCCGAGGAUAUGCUAAUGUCGCUCCGUUCCGUGCCUCCUGCACCGGUACAGAAGAGUCAGCAGGUGAUAACCGAGAUGACGGCCAUGAUUCAAGGUCUCAGUGCGGAAUUCACUUCGGAAAUAAAGGCGAAGCAGGACGCUCUUGACGUGACACAGGCCCAUUUGAGGGCCGCAACGCGGGAGUUGUCUGAGCAGCGCAAACAGAUCCAGCUAUGGCAAAACCAGUGUGCGGAGCAUGACCGUGUCAGUCAGCGGAUGCGAAACCUCGAAAAGGCUAUCGGAGCCGAGGAAACGUUCGAUUGGACGGGGCGGACAACUCCCGAUGGACGCGAUGCGGGUCCGAUCGCUGGGUCAGCAUUCAAAUGGCGCGGAGGGCAGUCAACGAUGGCCGCGGUUGGAGAUAUCGCGAUGAACCUCGAGGCCGAUCCUACCAUUCCCUCAGGAGAAUCAGAAGUAAUUCUAACUCGUUUGCGUCGUCUGAAGAUGUGGCAGGAUCGUGCAGAGACCCUCCUGGAGUCGCGAUUGAGUGCCCUGCGGGGCACACACGCGGAAAAGGAGUACCAAUGUAGGAAAAUCGUCUCAUUAUGCACAGGAAUAUCUAUGGAUAAAGUUGAAGAGAUGCUUGAAGAUCUGGUUGUGGCAGUGGAGAGCGAGCAUAAUGUGGUGGAUGUCAGUCGUGUAUCUGGGUUCAUGCAGAAGAUGGGAACAGCGUGAGAACGUAGAUAGGAUCUGAACCAGUCUUGAAGAAGUAUCUGCGGUGGAGUACAGGAAUGAGUGAGAGCUGAAUG